CGACGCGCAUGAGCGAGCGCAGAGACGUCACGCCGCGCGGGCACGUCCGGAGAGUCGGGAGCGGCGCGAGAGCGCGGAGUUUCACUUCGCUCCGGAGAAACCGGUCGGCCGGGAACGCCCGAGCUCCACUUUCAGUUUCGUUAUCAUCUGUACAGCCGCCCUGAAGCCACGGGUUCGUAUGGCACGAGCUCCCGCGCGCUGUCCCGUUACGAGUCCGAUCGCGAGCGCUUCCUGUGAACUCGGCUCGGAUUUUGGCGACGCAUGCGGGCUGUUUUUGACAUUUAAGCGAUGAAGUGUGUGCUGCGCGUUUUCUUGACGGCCGUCAUCGCCCUUCAGCAGGCCGACUGUCUCAAGAGGACCUACUACAUGGCCAUUAGAGAAGAAGACUGGGAUUACGCACCGAGCGGCAGAAACCUGAUCAAUAACCGAAGCGUUGAGCAAGACGAACACGCGUCGGGUUUUCUGUCGAGCGGCUCGACCCGGAUAGGGAGUGUGUACAAAAAGGCUUUAUACAGACAGUACACAGAUGAGUCCUACUCCUCAGAGGUCCCUAAACCCGCCUGGCUCGGCUUCCUCGGGCCCGUGCUGCGCGCGGAGGUCGGAGACGUCGUAGAGGUGCACCUGAAGAACUUCGCGAGCAGGUCUUACUCUCUUCAUCCUCACGGGGUCUUCUAUCAGAAGGACUCGGAAGGAGCUCUGUAUCCAGACGGCACCACCGGUGCUGAUAAGAGAGAUGAUGCUGUGGCUCCAGGUGAGAGCUACACCUACACCUGGCUGGUCAAACCAGAGUACGCUCCUACUGAAGACGACGCCAGCUGUCUCACCUGGAUUUACCAUUCACAUGGAGAUGCACCAAGAGACAUUGCAUCAGGGCUGAUAGGAGCUCUGCUCACCUGCAAAAAAGGCACUCUGGACGCGAGUCAGAAGCGCUCCGACGGGGUUGAAGAUUUCAUUUUGAUGUUCAGCGUGGUGGACGAGAACUUGAGCUGGUACUUGGAGGAGAAUAUUGAAAAGUUCUGCAACGAUCCAGAUGAAACCAAAAAACUUAUGGAAACCGUGGACGAGGAGUUCAGAGAGUCCAACCUCAUGCACUCUAUCAACGGCUAUGUUUUUGGGAACUUGCCUGACCUGAAGGUGUGUGUGGGACAUACGGUGUCUUGGCAUCUCUUCGGGAUCGGGAAUGAGGUGGACAUUCAUUCGGCUUAUUUCCACGGGCACACACUCAUUGAUCGCAUGCACCGUACAGACGUGCUUAGUCUGUUUCCCGCCACCUUUGUCACCGCCACCAUGAUCCCCAGAACGGAAGGAAAAUGGUUGUUAAGCUGCCAAGUCAACGAUCACGUGAAAGCAGGUAUGCAGAGUUUCUAUGAGGUCUCGGCCUGUGGGAACUCGGCCUCUUCAGCAGAAGCCUCUGGAAAAGAGAGGCAUUUCUACAUCGCUGCUGAGGAGGUGGUUUGGGAUUACGCUCCCUCAGGGAUGAACAACAUGAUGAACAAACCGCUUACUGAAGCAGAGAGUGACUCUGAAUCGUAUUUCACUCAAGAUGGUGGUAAGCUGGGUGGAAAAUACCUGAAAGCCAGAUAUAUUUUAUACACCGACAGCUCCUUUUCGGCCAAAACAACUGUUGAUGGCUCGGCUCAGCAUCUUGGACUUAUGGGUCCCGUCAUCAGAGCAGAGACCGGUGAUGUUAUCAUUGUGACAUUCUUUAACAAAGCUUCACAUGACUACAGCAUUCAGCCACAUGGUCUGCAUUAUGAGAAGAUCUAUGAAGGAGCAAAGUAUCAGGAUGGUACUGAGAAGUUUGGAGCCUCUGUGGGUCCUGGUGAAAAGUUCACCUAUCGUUGGAAAGUACUUGAAGGUCCCUCCAGCAGUGAUCCUUCUUGUCUUGCAUACUUGUACUAUUCAGCUGUUGAUCCUGUCCGGGACACUAACUCUGGAUUAUUUGGGCCCAUUCAAGUGUGCAAGAAAGGUGUUCUUGAUGCAAGUGCCCAACAGUAUGCCAACAAAAUUCAGCAUGAGUUUUUUCUGCUGUUCUCUGUGAUGGAUGAGAAUGAAAGCUGGUAUCUGGAAAAUAAUAUUGAUAAGUUUGGUGGCAAAGAUUCAGAUUCAGCUGACGAAGAGUUUCAAGAAAGCAAUAAGAUGCACGCCGUGAAUGGCUACAUGUAUGGAAACCUGCCUGGUCUGAGCCUGUGUAACGGGGAAAGUGUUACGUGGCACAUACUUGGCUUGGGCACUGAGGUGGAUAUCCAUGGGGUCUAUUUCGAGGGUAACACGUUUCGACGAGACGGGACGAAUCGUGACACUCUCAGUGUCUUCCCUCAUACCACAGUGACUGUGAGCAUGACACCCGACAAUAAUGGCCAGUUCGAGCUGAGCUGCCGUACGGGGGAUCACUACCAAGCUGGCAUGCGUCAGCAUUAUGAAGUCAGUUCCUGUUCAGCAGUGACUCCUGCACCAGAACAUGUCAGAUCCACCGUGAAGUACUACAUAGCAGCGGAGGAGGUGGAGUGGAACUACGCCCCAGACCGCACAUGGGAACUGGAGAAACACAAAGCUACACUGGAGGACAGCCCUGGAAGAAUUUAUCUUGAGCAAUCAAAAAACAGGAUUGGUGCAAAAUAUAAGAAGGUGGUGUUUCGUGAAUAUGACGAUGAAAAGUUUACCAAAAAGACACUCAGGCGUCCAGAAGAGGAGCACUUGGAGAUAAUGGGACCCAUCAUUAGAGCUGAGGUCGGUGAGAGGAUAGAGGUUGUGUUUAAAAACAAAGCCAACAGGCCGUAUUCUGUUCAUGCCCAUGGAGUGAAGACCAGUAAAGACCAUCAGAACGGGGUUCAACCAGGUCACACGAGGACAUACAGCUGGAGCGUUCCCGAACGAUCAGGUCCGGGUCCCAGCGAUCCAAACUGUGUUACGUAUGCGUACUACUCCUCUGUCAGCCUUCUUGAGGACUUGAUGAGCGGGUUGGUGGGUCCACUGAUCGUGUGCCGCAAAGACACCUUGAACCCCGAAAGACGUAGAAAAGACAUUAAUAAAGAGUUUGCCCUCCUUUUCAUGGUGUUUGAUGAAAAUGAGUCCCACUACCUGGAUGACAACAUAAAUACUUACCUCAAAGUAGACCCAGAAAAGUAUGAAAAUAAAUAUGAUGAGGAAUUUAUGGAGAGCAACAAAAUGCAUGGAAUUAAUGGAAAGAUGUACGCUAAUCUCCACGGGCUGGAUAUGACGGAGAAUGACAAGACGGAGUGGUAUUUGAUAGGACUGGGGAAUGAAGUGGACAUGCACACCGUUCAUUUCCACGCUCAGAGCUUCAUUUACAAAAUGGAUCAUCCUCAUCGUGCUGAUGUGUACGACCUCUUCCCAGGAACGUUUCAGACCAUAGAAAUGACCGCAGGAAGCCCUGGACAAUGGCUGCUUCACUGCCAUGUGACCGACCACAUCCAUGCGGGCAUGGAGACGCUUUUCACCGUUCAUCAAGGGCCAUUAACCAGAGGAGGAGGAAAUACAGGCAGUGAAUCAUCAGGUUCAACGAGUGAUGGGGGAAAUCCAGACAGUGCCUUCAGUCAUUUGGGAAGCCGGUGUACUCUGAUGUGUCUCCUUGGAUUGGUCCUGUCACGCUUUGUAGCACACUGAAUCAAGAUCAAAGUCACCAUGAGCCCAAUAUUUAUUUCUGUGAAAGUGAUACUCACUACUUAGUUACCUCACGUAGCGUUCUGACCGUAGAGCUGUUAGGGGAAAUAUCAGCUGUUAAGAUUUUAGAUUUAACACGCAAUGAUCCGUAUAAUUAUCCACAUAAUUGUUUCAGUUAAUAAAAUCUAAACUUUAAAGAAGAACGUACACUGCCAAGCGCGUCGAUUGAAAUGCACUAAAGGGAACAACGAAAGACUACGUUUUUUGCAACUGGAAUUACAACGGCCUCCAAAAACACCGUGUAUCAGCCGUACUUACCAGAUGCUUUCAGUUCCCACAAAUGCACUAAUGGUGGCCACAUCUGCAUCUUCUAGCUUACUAACUGUAUACGAGUGAUGAGUCUGUGAAUGAAUAAGUUCAUUUCUUUUUGUUUUGUAUAUAUUGUUGCACCAAUCAACUGGUUUUUAAUUGCUCAGGUUAGUGUGUGUGAUUUAAGAUUGCCGUGUGAUAUUUUCUAUUUGUGAUUUGAACCAUUUGUAAUAUUAAUUGUUUUUCUAAUGUUUUUCUCAUGUUCUGUUACUGAAUUGCAAAUUAAAAGUGGGAAGUAAAGGACAAAAUGAAUAAAUAUAGUAGUAGCCGGAUGUUAUUGUAAAGAAUCCUAUCUUAAGUGUUUCAUGCUUGUAUGUAUGCACAGAGUUCGGCAGCACAGCGUGCAUGUUUCAUUGAUCUUUUUCAUGUGUGUAUGUUUGAGCAUGAUUUACCUUCAUGCAUGAAAGCGUGUUGUACGUGUAAGCGGAGUGUGAUUUAAACCCUAAAGGGAAAAAAGCAAACGAAGAAAGAACGAAAAAAAUGAAAUGUCUUACUCAAAUAAACAAGAGGUAUAACACAAUGACUAACUGAAUAAACUUUGUUUAUAUAGUGCUCUA